AUGGCUGAAACACCCUCGUCCUCAUCCGUGCCAUUUUCCUCAUUUUGUACCUCUUCUGCGACGUCUUCGCUCACGUCUCUAGACGAACCACUCUCCUUGAAUCCGCUCAAAGAAACCUCGUCGGUCUCGCUGCCACCUAAAGGCAAGUCCAAGACCAAGGCCAAAGCGCGUCCAUCUCUCCCUACGCCGAAAUUAGAGAAACCCAAAGAGGUGACCAUCGUCAUCGGUGUCGACGACGACGGCACGGAACAGACCAUGACCUUCAAACCCACCGCAGUGCUCGAGACACUCUUCACCUGGAUGGCAGAACGCCAUGCUAUUUUCCAACGUCGUCUAGCCGGCGAACCCGCCCCGUGGACAUCGGACGAAUACUUCCAGAGGUAUCCCUUCGUGAACGUCUACCGCGUCUACGACCGCAUGACGCAAUACAUCGUCCGCGAGGUCAUCUCCAAAGGCCCUCAGGACCUCAAAGAAACCGCCUUCCGAGUGAUCCUGUUUCGUUUCUUUGCGCGUUACGACACUUGGAGGCUCUUGCAGGAUCGUUUCGGUGUACCCACCUGGAAGAACUUUGACAUGGAUACGUAUACGGAGGCAUUCGCUGAGGCGAGUGCCGAGGGCGCGAAAAUGUACGGGGCAGCGUACCAGAUGCCGCCUCCUCCGUUGGGUGAGGGUCCAAAUUGGCUGAAGCACCUUCGCCUGUUAGUGUUGAUGAUGACCACCGGCCUAUGCGAGAAACUCGCGAAAGCGGAGUCUCUUCAAGAGAUCCUCGGCCAGGUCCAACUUUAUCCCUCCAUGAAUGGCGCCUUCCUUGGAUACCAACUAUCCCUCGACCUGAACCUCAUCCCCUCCCUCUCCUUCCCCGAAAACUGGUCCCUCCUAGGCCCCGGCGCCACCGAAUGCCUCUCCAAAAUCUUCGGCCCCCAAAUCGGGCCCUACGUCGGCCCCGCCGUAAGCCACCUACACGACAACCAAGACUUUUACUUCUCCGCCUACGGUAUCGCACCUUCCCUCCGUCCGCGCCUCACGCCCUCUUCUCCGCCGUAUGUCAGCAGAGUCGAUUUCGAGCACGUGCUUUGUGAAGUGAGUAAGUACGCCCGGCUGAAGCAUCCGAAGGAGAGCCUGAAGGUGUCGAAGAAGGUUGAUGUUAGGGGACGGUUCGAUCCGUUGGGGAAAGGAGAGGGAAGGCCGAGGCCGACGACGGAGGUGCCGAGGAAAUGGAUGGAGAGACAGAGGGAGAUGAUGAUGCCUCUCGCCUCUAAGCCGAAGAAAUCGAAAAAGUCGAAAUGGGGGUCUUCUAAGAAGAGGAAGUCGACCGCUGCCGCCGCUAGUCGCGCGAGGAACGGAAACGGAAAGACGUACGAGUGCCGUGGGGCUGUUGAUGAGGACGCGGAGGACCCUGAGUACGAAGUUUCGCAUAUCGUGAUGGAGGAGCAUACGGAUUCUGGGAGCAGUAGUUCGAAGAAGAGGAAGAGGGACGAGGAGGUUUGGUAUACGGUGAGGUGGGACACGUGGGGACCGGAGUGGGAUACUAGGCAGACGAGGGACAGGUUAUUGGAGGACGGCGUGCAUGGGGUUAUUAAGGCGUGGGACGAUAGGAAGGAGGAGAUUGAGGAGAAGGCUAGAGAGAUGUCGGGGUAUGGAGCGUCGACGACGGAGAGCGAGAGCGCGGGGCGGAGGAAGAGUGGAAGGAAGAGUGUGGCGUAG